AUGUCUGGAAUUACGUUAUCAUUGUCGGAUAUACAAACCCAUCGAGCUGAAGGCGAUUGCUGGAUCGCGAUCCACGGCAAUGUCUACGAUGUUAGCAGGUUCUUGAACAGCCAUCCCGGGGGAAAGGCAAUCCUUCUCCAACAUGCUGGCACCGAUGCGACCCGUGCUUUUCAAGAUGUCCAUCCAGCUGAGAUACUUGAUGAGUAUUUGGCUUCGGAUCAAUUAUUGGGUCGGUUGGAGCCGGCAUCCCAAAAUCUCAGGGACGACGGACAGCCCGAGCAUAUUCCCUCUCUUCCAAUGGGUACGAUCUUGAGCAUCGCAGAGAUGGAAAGUCUAGCUUUAAAGCGUCUCAGCCCCAAAGCACUUGCAUACUACGCGUCCGGUACAGAUGACGAGAUCACAAAACUCGCAAAUGGAGCCAUUUUCAAAUCUGUUCUCCUUCGACCGAGGGUUUUCGUUGAUUGCACGGACUGCUCGCUGUCUACCACUAUCCUAGGAAACAAGGUCGGGCUGCCAAUAUUCAUUUCACCAGCAGCCAUGGCAAAGUUGGCAAACCCAUCAGGCGAAAUGGGGAUAGCUGCUGCUUGUUCCAAAUUCAACGCUCUCCAGAUCAUAAGCAAGAAUGCAUCUGUAUCUGUGGCUGAUAUCGUGCAAGCAGGUCCUAAUGCGGUUUUUGCCUGGCAGCUUUAUGUUCUCAAAGAUAUCAAGGCCACAGAACGGACUUUGGCUCAGAUAAAGGCCAUCCCACAAAUUAAAUUCAUUGUCUUGACACUUGAUGCUCCAUUUCCAGGAAAGCGCGAGGCCGAUGAGCGUUACAAGGCGGAGGAGGUUGCCGGAGGAGGGGUUUCGCAAGUCUGGGGGACGGAGUCGGCUCUCACCUGGCGCAAAACUUUGACAUGGCUCUCCGCUCAUACCGACCUUCCGAUUGUCCUUAAGGGUAUCCAGACGCAUGAGGAUGCGUACGCGGCAACCAUGUUCCAGGCUGUUAAGGGCAUCGUUAUCUCCAACCACGGUGGAAGGGCAUUGGACACAGCCAAUACGCCCAUGCAAGUUCUGUUGGAAAUCAGGAAAUUUUGCCCGCAAGUCUUUGAUCGGGUAGAAGUCCUUAUUGAUGGCGGCAUCAAGAGGGGAACCGAUGUCGUCAAGGCGCUGGCUUUGGGUGCAAAGGGCGUUGGGCUUGGCCGAGCUGCACUCUAUGGUCUAGCCGUGGGUGGAGAGGAAGGUGUUCACAGAUCGCUACAGAUUCUCGCAGACGAGGCCGCGACAGCUAUGAGACUCGUCGGUGUCAGCGGUGUGAGUGAUCUUCGGCCACAACAUGUAAACACUUCUAUCUUAAAUGCUCAGCUUUAUGACGGGCCCUCCGGCUUAGACGCGGUGGAAAAUAAGUUAAUGGCCAAAUUAUAG